ACUAAUUCAAAGUUUGGUAUAAAAUUUCUAUACUUCAUUGUGUAGGUAUUCCAUGGGGAUUCUUUGUUUUUGAUUAAGUGUUUACAAAAGGCGAUUACACAAGGAAUCCUUUAAGAGGGUUGUUUUUUAAAUUUUAUUUUAAGGCAUGUGCUUUUUUAUUGAUGUUAAGAGUUCAUCUUUAAGAACUGCUUUUGUAAGACAUGGAAGGCAUUGGGGGGCCAGCCAACGGCAACAUCCCGUUCCCGCCGGUGCCUCCGGGGCAGGGGGGUCCCCCCGCCUACCCCCCGCCGAUGAUGGGGCCGAGGUCGGGGUUCAUGCCCGGGGAAAUUAGGCUGCCGCCUCCGCCGAUGAUGCCCCAGUUCUCCAUGCCGCCCCCGGGCUUCGGCUACCCGGGACCGCCCCCGGGGCAGCCCGGUGACAGCACAGUUAUCUCCGCUGCACCACAGUUGACUCCGGUCAGCAGUGCCGGCAGUGAUGUGUCGUCGCCUAGUGGACAGCCACAGCCAAAGGAGCCGUCGGCAGAGCCCGAAGUGAAGAAAUGCGAUUGGACGGAGCACAAGGCUCCUGAUGGCCGCACGUACUACUACAACAGCGUGACCAAGCAGAGCUUGUGGGAGAAACCCGAUGAGCUGAAGACCCCAGCAGAGCUACUCCUGUCACAAUGUCCUUGGAAGGAAUACCGCUCUGAUAACGGCAAGAAGUAUUACCACAAUGUGAACACGAAAGAAUCCAGGUGGACCAUACCAAAAGAACUGGAAGAACUUAAGAAUCGAAUAGCAUCAGAAGAAGCAGCAGUUUCUGUGAGCGCUCCGGCGUCUGUCCCUGCCGUGGCGCCGGCGGUGCCCUCCCAGCCGCUGCAGGUGGCAGUCCCUCCGGUGGUCCCGCCCGCCGUGGCGGCGCUCAGCCCCGUGCCGGCCGCGCUGCCCCAGCAGGUGGCCUCUCCCCCGCCCAAGAGCGGGACGCCGUCGUCGGCGCUGGACCACGCCAUGGCCGCCACGCUGGCCGCCAUCAGCAUCCCCACCCCUCCGACCAAGCAAGACGACGACAGCGGCUCGAACAGAGACUCGGCACCUGGUAGCCGCAAUAGCACUCCGGAACCCAAGUUGCUGUUCAAGGACAAGAAAGAAGCAGUGGAGGCUUUCAAGGAGCUGCUCAGGGAAAGGGACGUGCCCAGCAACGCGUCGUGGGAGACGGCGGUGAAGCUGAUCCAGGGGGACCCGCGCUUCCCGCUGAUGCGGAAGCUGAACGAGAAGAAGCAGGCGUUCAACGCGUACAAGACGCAGCGGCUGAAGGAGGAGCGCGAGGAGCAGCGGCAGCGGGCCAAGAAGGCCAAGGAGGACCUCGAGGAGUUCCUGAUGAUCAGCUCGGACAUGAGCUCCACCAUGAAGUACUACAAGUGCGAGGACACCUUCGGCCACAUGGACGUGUGGCGGAACGUGUCGGACUCGGACCGCAGGGACAUCUACGAGGACGUGGUGUUCAACCUGGCCAAGCGGGAGAAGGAGGAGGCCAAGGUGAUGAAGAAGCAGAACAUGAAGCGACUGCUGGAGAUCCUGAACGGCAUGACCAACAUCAACUACCGCACGACCUGGCAGGAGGCGCAGCAGAUGCUGCUCGACAACCAGACGUUCUCCGACGACGCCAACCUGCUGGGCAUGGACAAGGAGGAUGCUCUGGUGGUGUUUGAAGACCACAUACGGGAGUUGGAGAAGGAGGACGAGGAGGAGAAGGAAAUAGAGAAGAAGCGAGUGAAACGGCUGCAGAGGAAGAACAGGGACUCAUUCGUCAUGCUGCUGGACGAGCUGCACGAGCAGGGGAAGCUCACCUCCAUGUCCCUGUGGGUCGAGCUGUACCCCAUCAUCAGCGUCGACCUGCGCUUCUCCGCCAUGCUCGGCCAGCCAGGCUCCACUCCUCUUGAUUUAUUCAAAUUUUAUGUUGAAGAUUUGAAAUCAAGGUUCCAUGAUGAAAAGAAAAUCAUCAAAGAAAUUCUGAAGGAAAAGGGCUUUGAAGUGCAGGUUAAUACUUCAUUUGAAGAAUUUGCGACAGUGGUGUGCGAGGAUCGUCGUUCGGCUACGUUGGAUGCUGGUAAUGUUAAGCUGACGUACAAUGCAUUCCUUGAGAAGGCAGAGGCACGGGAGCGUGAGCGUCUGAAGGAAGAGGCCAGGCGGCUGAAGAAGCUGGAGGCUGCGUACAAGAGCUUGCUCAAGUCGUACGAUGUUGACUACAGCUCGUCGUGGGAAGACAUCCGCAGUAAAAUAGAAGGCGAGCCUGCGUUUGAGGCCAUAACCCUUGAGUCUGAGAGGGUUCGCAUAUUCAAGGAGUUCCAGCACGAGACUGAAGAAGCGUGCGGGCACCACCAUUCUCGCUCAAAGAAAUCCAAAAAGAACAAGAAGCAAAAGAAACGCUCUAGAACGAGAUCGGGGUCGAGAUCGGUGACUGAGUCUGAGGAGGAGAGGAGUCGUUCCCGCAAGAAGAGGCGGCACCGAUCUAAGACGCCUAGCGGGAGUCGUUCCGGGAGCUCCGACAGUCAGAUUUCAUCCGUCAAAAAAUCAUCACGCCAUAAGAAGAGCAAGAAAAAGAAGAAAAGUAGAUCACCAGUAGCGUCCCCCGGCGCCAAGUCCCCGCGCCGGCGGCCGGGCGGCGGGCGGCCCCGCUCCGAGGAGGGCGAGCUCAGCGAGGACGAGCUGGAGAAGAAGAGGAUCCUGCUGCUGCAGGAGCUGCAGGAGGAGAACUGAGGCCCCUCGCCUCUGUUCGUUUGCUUCUGUUUGUCUGCCUCCACAGUGAAGGACACCGUUACCUCUUUUUUUUUAAUUUUUUUUUCUUCAAUAAAUUAUGAGUUGGUAGGCAUGUCCAUGAUGUACAUUUCUCGCUGAAUUCGACAGACAGACUUCAGCUGCAGGUUCAUCACGACAAAAAUAAGUUCAAAACAUGUCAACGACUUACAGUCUAUAAAGUGCUUACUGAGGCUGGUAUACAUCUUUGAAGUUGGAGCUGAACAAUAUUUUUAUUUAUUAUUAUUACUAUUUUUAAAAUAAUAGAGUUUUAUGUGUUACUGCCGCCAACUAUUUCAAUGAAAUAAUUUUUGCUGCAGUGAAAAAUUCAGCUGUGGUUGUAGAACUUUUGUUUAAUUAAACGUAACCCAGAUGCUCAGUGCUCCAUCUUAAAUGCUUUCUGUAUUAGAGUAGAACCCUGUUAUAAUGUUUUAGAAGGGAGCACAAGGAAAAAAAAUUAUAAGCAGGAAAACGUUAUAAGCAGGAAAUCUCAAUUUAGCACUUAACAAUGUUCGAGCUUUUUACCAAUGGACUCACCAAGCUAUGUAAACAACUUUAAUGUUAAAACCAAAGAUAGUAUACUUGAUACAUGAAUUUUCUGAAACAAGCCAACAAUUUUUCAACUUCAUCUUGUUCCCUGGUUAAAUUUUGUUUGUCUUUAAAGAUACACUGCCACAUUUUUUGUAAAACUGUCUCACGAUUCAUGAUGACACCAUUAAGAGUGAGAACGUCUACUCCUUCGCCACCUGAAAAUGUUUAAUUUUGGGAUUCCUACGUAUGAAUGAAAAAAAAAUUAUUUGUAAGCAAUAGAAAACACUUUUAGUUAUGCCCCCGCUCAAUGGUUGGCAACUUAAAUAUCGUAGGACUAUGUACGUGCAUCUGAAUACCCACUGGAAUGGCAAGGAAGAGAAGAGUUGACUAAGGGUGAAACUGACACGUAACUAUGAACAUUGUGUACCUUCAGUAUAUUGCAUAAAAUUGUAUUUUAACAAACUUCAUGUAUUGUAUGGCAGUGAUUGUAAACAUAAACAUACAUAAAGGAAACUUUUUAUCGUAAGUGUUGGAAUAAUUUGGUUUUAAAACAUUUUUUUCCCCAUUUAUUGACUGUUAGAAAGCAAACAUUAUAAGCAGGAAAUUACACUAUUUAUGAACGUUAUAUGCAGAAAAUAAAUACAUUGUCCUUAUGGGGGAAAUAUUGGGACUUUAAAAAUAUGACAUUAUAAGCAGGAAAACAUUAUAUGCAGGAACAUUAUAACAGGGUUCUACUGUAUUUAGAAUGAAAAAGUUGUUCAGCGCCUACUUAAAAGACACAUAACAGCUACGGGAAGCACUUCAGGUGAUAAGUCGUACAGAUGUUUUCAACUUAUUUUGUCGUGAGUGAGCCUGCAGCCGUUUGACAGUCUAAUUCAGACCCAUCCUGUAUAUAGGGAUUUUGAGUACUACGUUCAGGUGCUAUAAAUUGUGGAAAUAAGCGUGUCUAGUUUUGCACGGAGCUUGCUUGUCCUGAAGAGUUAAUUUUUUGACGUGGUGUCCUUUACCUCGUGGGUACAGAACUAUUUAUUUAGGGCGUAACGUCUCGUUGGCAUCAGGGUCAUCAGAGAUGGAGAGCAACGGUGGAAUGCAUUGGCGAGGGAAACGUGGUCACUCGAAGGAAACCCUGCGUGUUCACCAAGUUUCCAACUUCCAAGAAAUCCAGGGGUUGUUCCCGCCGGGAUCAGAGCUUAGAUUGCUUUUGUGGAAGUCGAAUCCAGCUAAAUCUGCUGUGUUGCAGACUAGAGGGUUAAUUCAAAAACAUAAGGUUUUCAAGAGGCCGAGUAAAGACUAGGAUUCUGGCUUCAUAAAUAUUUAUAAUACUUUAAUUUGUAUAUUUUCAACUACAGUAAGUCCUCGGUUUACGUCGGGGUUACGUUCCUGAAAACCGCGACGUAAAUAGAAACGACGCAAAAUGAGCCAUGUUUCAUGCUACCGGCCGGCCGGAAGCGCUGGCAUACAGACGUGACAACGGGCAAUUUUAUCAGCAAAUAACAACCGACAGCGUGGGAAACAAGUCAACUAGUACUUCUCAGCUUUAUAGAAUGGUUAUUUAACCAGCUGCUUUAUUACCUUUAUUGAUUGAAAUAUAAAAACAGAUAUAUAGUACAUACUGUACGUAAGAGCAGGAAGCGUCCCUCAUGAUGUAUGAUAAGAUAAGGCGGUGAACGUGUAGCUUACGCUACAUAGCAUAAAUUAACUACCGAAGGAAACAAAGAAUUAUAAACGAAUUAUAUACGGUGUUUUGGUUAAAAUAAAGAUUUACGGUCAUUGUAAACGACGUUAUUGUGAAUCGGCGACAACUUAAAUUGAAACAUGAGUACUCAAACAUUAGCGACGUUAAUCCGAAACGACGUAAAUCGGUACGACGUAAAUAGAGGACUUACUGUAUGUAACACCCUGAGGUGUGAAUCAUCCAAAUAAUCCUAAACAUUUUUUUCACCUGCCUUGAAAAACUACACCCUCUCCUCAGUAAUGCACAGAAAUGUCCCAUGUUUGGAUCCAAGACCUUCCAUCGUGAAGCAACACCAAAAUGAGCUGAUUUUCUCUUCAGCAAGCUGCCCAGUUUGCAAGUGAAAAACACAUUUUUUUUUGCAUUUUGUUUUUAAAGCCUCACAUCAUUUUGUAGACAAAUGUAGAAAUUAUCUGAGAAAAUAUUUUAUCUUUUAAUAACUUAAAAUUCUGUAAAUUGUUGAAAAUUUUGUAUAACAUUUGUUUGAGUUUAAUUUUGGUUAUGAAUUUAGAUUUAAAAACUAUCCUUUGAUAAAAAAUACUUAUAAUUUUUUGAAAAGGUUCUGGAAAAAAAAAUCCUGAAAUUGGUUUGCUAGGUGUUUGUAAGACACCCUGAAUUAGCAUUGUUUAAAGAUCUUGUUUUUAAGGGGCUAAGGCGAUCUAGAGGUUGUAUCUCUUGCCUCCCCAUUCCUGGUGGGAUCAGCCCCUCGUUUUUAGCUUGCAGGAAAUGUCAGGAUUUGCAGUGCUAGUGGGUUUUCUCAGGAUGCUACUGUUUCCCACAGCCAAACAUUCCAUCUCUGUUCCAUUCCCAUCUCCCAACACCUCAUCAACUCUGAUGAUUUCCGUGUCAGCAAGACCAUCAUGAUUAAUUUUUAUAAAGUCAAUAAUUUUUAAUAUGUUUUUUUUGUUAACUUUUUUUUUUUUUGAAACUUAUUGUUGACCUUGAGAUAGCAGAUGGUUUAAACAUUAGUUCUUAAAAAAAAGAAGAAAAAAAGGGUGCAGUUUGUGCAACUCUCUACAUUUAAAAAAAAAAAAUGAAGGAAAUAUUUAAUGAAAGGCAGGUAUCUGCCACAGUUGCAUCUGUUAGCGUGUGGUUACGAAAAUGUCAAGAGAAAGUCAUAAAAUGCUUUUUAUGUAAUUUUACAACCCAGUAGGACAUCUUGUGUACAGAAAUGUACGUGUGGUUUUUGCAUGUGUGAGUCGUUUGUGACUUUAUACAGCAACCCAUUUCCUCAGAAGGUGAACAGUGUCUAAAAAUAAAAGCCAGUUUACAAAGUAGUUCCAUAUAUAUUCGUCUUCCAUGGCAGUGAGUUGAUAUUUAUGUUUUUUUUAUAUAUAUAUAAAUUAUUUACUUACAUAAAACAGUUUUGCUAGCAUGAUGUACAAGAUUAUCCGCCGAACCAGACGACAGUAUUACGGCCUGUCCUUAUUGCUAAAUUCUUAAAUUCUAGUUCAAAAUUUUCAUGAAUUAUUUUACAAAUGAGAUUAUACUAAUAUGUAGUCAAUGAUAUUACAGCCUUUUCACAUAUUGAAAUUUUCCUUCAAAACACAUAUAAUAUUUAUUGAAUUCAAUCCUUUGAAUGGCUCUCAUGUCACUGAAACAUCAUAGGCACGGCCAUCUGGUUGGUGCUAUAAUUUAUUCAAAUAUUAUUGUUUUGAAGUUUUUAUAAAUUUAUUUAAACAUAUUUUCCAGACUUCAAUUUAAUGUCUUUAGUUUUCUUCAUGGCAAUAGCCGGUGUGUGCUCCAAAAUAAUUUUGAGGACUGGUUUCAAGUUUCAUGUUUUUUUUUAAAUAAAAUUAGUACUUUUUAUGAUCAGAAUACCAAAAAUAAAAUUAGUACAUUUUAUGAUCAAAUACCAUUUUAAUGUUGUAACAUUCUUGGAGAACAAAAAUAAAUGAGAAUGAAACUAAAAACCUAAAAGCUAAAAGAAAAUGAAUAAUUAUUAAUAGAAAUCUUCAAAAGCUAUAAUUUUUUUUUUCUAAUAUAAAUUGAAAUGUAUGCUCAUUUGUCUUUGACCUAUAUAGGUUGAUUUCAGUGGAAUUAAUUGCAGUAAAUAGUAGUUCUUGUGACCUUGCAACACAGCGAACCAUCAUUGUAAGCAUGACGUUAGAAAGUUAGGGAGUGGUUGUCUGGUGUAGAUUCUGAAGUUGGUUGGCAUUUUGGGACAAGCCCAUUUAGAUGUUAAAUUGCUAGAAAGGAAUUUAUAGGUUAAAUAAGUCAAAACUAGAAAAAUAAUCUGGAUAUACACUAAUCGCAGUGUUAAUGUUGUUGCAUGUAGGCGGGUGUGCCUUCUAUAAUCACUCUGUACAAUUUGAAAGUAAUGGCACGUAUGAAAUAAGUUCAGUAAUAAGUCAAGUUAAAGGUUUAUUCAAAAGGCUAAGAACUGAAUCUACUAUGCACACAACCCCCAUCCCCUCAAGAUAAAAUUUAAAUUAAAGUGUUUUUAGUAAGUACAGAAGUAAUGUGAGUGGAUCCCUUAUGACUUAAUUUAACCACUAAUCUCACUUUACACAUAAAAAUGCUAGUGGUAUCUGAUAUGUCAGUUAUUUUUCCAUUUUUGAUUUAAUAACCUAUGCAUGUAAUAUUGUGACAAAUCAGGGUUUGAUAUUUUUAAUUUUAUCACCUUGAUGUUCUUAAUGCAUUAAAUAAUAUAAACACAGACAUAAUAUCAAAGUCAUAACUGAUUGGCUGAAUAUUUCUGAGGUAGCCUGCUAGUAUACUAUUGAAAUAGGAAGUGAUAGAAAGUGGUUCUCAUUUUCAUCACAGGGGGAAAACUCUGAGACCUAGUCUUUGAAGUAGUUUUGGGCCCAUUCGUUAGAUAGUAGCUUUUAUAAUAUAUUGCUAACAUAGCUACACUGAUUGUAAGUAAUGCAUCUGCUAUUGUGAGACAAAAAAACCAUUGUAAAAUUAGUUCACUUUAUUUUAGUAGCCACAUUUUUUGUGGUGUGGCAUACCAGAAAUACUAAAUCUCCUAUUCAUUUGUAUAAAACAUUAUUUUUUAUUAUCAACCAGUAAUAUAUGUUUUGUUUUUUUGUUUUUUUCUUUUCACAGUAAUUGUCUUCUACAAAGCAGUUAGCGAUCAAGUAGUUAAAUUAUCAUUAUAAAGCCAAUAAACCCUCUUUGGAUUUGAACCACUCACCCAAGUGGGUUUCUUAAUUAUAUUUUUUUUUAUUAAGCAGAGUCAUAUUUUGUGCAAAAUAUGGUUUCAAUUUCCACUUUAAGUUGCUCUUCAAUAUCUCCCUCCUUGUAUCGUUUUGACUUCAUGUAUAAACCCUGCAAAGAUUACACACUUUCUCUUCCCAACUUAUUAACUUCAUAGUCAAAAGCAAUUUUAAGCAGCAAGAUUGUUUAGUGUACAGUAUAUUCGUAUCUGGAAUAAUUUUUGAUACCUAUAAUAUUUUUUUAUAUAUUGAUUUGUUGUUGUUCAGUAAUUAUGUCUUUGUGAUACAGUUGAUCUAUAAUUUUUUUUUUUUUGCAUUUUUAGUGGAUUAAAUUCCAAUUUUGUUUUGAAGUUUCAUGCAUAUGAUUGUUAACUGCAGAGAAUGGUUGCUUUUAUUGUAAUAUCCCAGCUUCCUUUUUUUUUCCAGCAUAGAAAAAUAGUGAAGCAUUUUCAUUUCACAUAAAGCCUCUUUCUUCUUUGUUUUCUCACUGCACUUGUUUCUUGUACAUAAGUGAUUUAUGUUACAAAAAAGUGGUCAUUGUAAAAUAUCUAUAAAUUUGUGGGUUUUAAAUUAUUAAUGAAAGCAUUGUGCUAGUCUGUUUAUUUUAUUUUAAACACCUACAUACAAAGAAUAUGGUGUAGUUAGUGAAUUCAAUAGAUUAGAACAUUUAUGUGUUUCAUAAAUUAUUGUGCAUGUAAUAACUUUAAAACUGAAUUUUUAAAUACCUCAUUUUGUAUUUUGUUGGAUGCUCUGGAGAACUAAGGUGAAUGUUGCAAAACACAUAAAAAAUUCUAAAACAUGAUAGGCAUGUUUGAAAAUUUUCAGCUGAUUAUUCUUUGUUGGAAUGAGUAUGUUCAUAAAAAUUUGUGAUACCGAAUUGUUAGUAAUAAAAUACAACAUGUAA